AGGCGGGGCAGGAAGGGGGGAACUCUGUGGUCAGGGACCUGCUAGCGGAGCACAGCUGCGCAGUGCUGUCAGAGCGUCUGAUUCCCAGCUCACGGCCCCUCAGCCCCCUGCCCAUGAUGCUGCCAGCAGUGGUCUUGCUCUUACUUCUUUUGGUUGAACAAGCAGCGGCCCUGGGAGAGCCUCAGCUCUGCUAUAUCCUGGACGCCAUCUUGUUUUUGUAUGGUAUAAUCCUGACUCUGCUCUAUUGUCGACUCAAGAUCCAAGUGCGAAAGGCAACUGUAGCCAGCUAUGAGAAAUCAGAUGCCAUUUACACGGGCCUGAGCACCCGGAACCAGGAGACUUAUGAAACACUGAAGCAUGAGAAACCUCCCCAGUAACUUUAGACCAGAUGUCCUUGUCACAGCCUUCUUCAGCUUCCAGUUCUCCCAGCCCUCAAGGUUGGCAUCACUGAUGCCUCCCCUCGGUCAAUGCCAGCUGGCCCUACCCCAGUAAUGACGCUAAACCCCAGAUUAAUGUCCACCAGCCCUCCUCCCUGUUACAGACUUGUGCUAAGAUGCUGGUCUGUGACGUUUCUUUUCUAGUCUCACUCCCUUCCCCUGCCCUUCUUCCCUUUCCCAUUCCCAGCUCCUACUAAACAAUGGCAAGGGAGUAGUGCCAAUAAAGCUGCCACAGGCUGGAUUCUAUUGA